CGUUGAUUCGCCGCCUUGCGAUCUGUUCAAGUGGGAGGGGCUGUCUAGGAUGGUGGAGAGAAGACCCGCUAUCCGAUGCUCGCGGCCUGGAGGAUGGGAGACCUAUCGAGGGGUGUGCGAGUGAGUUGUCGCAGUGGUUAGAUGGGCAGUACUCAUAGUGCAAGCUCGCUCAUGCCCGACAUAGAGAAGGGGUCGAGGGAAGUGUCGAGGAGGCGAGGCGCUCACAUUGAUGCGUAUAGCGGGCUUAAGAUCCUCCAGUCACAAUCUUGGAUCAGCAACCUGCGCGCCUAAUUGCAACGAGGGCGGCGCCAGGCAACUGGCUGUGAGAUUGAUUCACCAUUCACGACUCUGGUCCUCAGCCCGCACUCGAUCACCGCCACCUUCCGCGCACUGUAGCCCCACGAUAAGCCGGGGUUGCCGCAAAGUAAUCAAUCCUCCGCCAUGCAACAGCCAGUCUGUGCUUGGCAAACAGCACACAUCCAGCCACAGCAGCUACGGUGCGGUGCGUACAGCAGCCCCUUGGCCUUUUGCUGCUGCUCCUAUAGCCGUAGCUGUUGCUGCUGUCUUUGCAUGGAAGAUUGAUCGAGGCGCUAUGUGCGUGCACCGAGUAUGAAGCGA